CAAUAGAUAUACUCACCACCCUUUCCCAGAUUGAACUGUCAAAUUAUAAUCUGUAGGCUUGUUUGUAAACGAAAAUAAAUCAAAUCAUUAAUUGAGGGGAAAGGAUGAAUGAAAAAGAAGAAUUGGUUAAAAAAUCAUUAUUUAAUUUCGUUAGGAAACAAGUACCUACUGCACAACUAAGCUUGAUAGAUGACAUUGUACUGAGCUAUGUGGUGAGCAUGGUGGAAGAAAGUGCUCUAGAAGAGGACCUAGAUGUGGAAGGAUUGUGCGAAAUGGUGUCAGCUUGCCUGCCCGAAUUUUCAACGAUUGAAAAGGAAGCUGUCACUAAAUGGCUACUGGACAUCGAAAGUAAACUUCGGGAAGAAAACAAAGAGGAAGAAGCUGAUAAUAUUCAGCCUCAUGAAUUAUUCAGCCAGCUAAGCCUCACUGCUUUAUUGCCACCAGAGUCCCAGAGUAUCAGAGUACAUCAUUUAUCAGAGACAAGCGACGCCGGAAGUGAUUCUAGUGGCGAAUAUUUUACUGAACAACAUGAAACUUCAUGGCACCAAGUAACACUGCUCCAAGAAAUGUUUCCAGCGGCAAGCCGUGCUGAAAUUCGACAUUGUCUUGCUAUCGCUGGUGGAGAUCCUGCUAAAGCUGCUCAAAUAGCUUUACAUAGACAAGAAGCUGGUCAAAGUAUUUCCAGCAAUCUUACUUAUCUAACGCAACCCAGUCGACGCUCAAAGGCUGCUGUAAACGACGAAGAGCUCAAGUCCCGAAUAAUAGCACGUUACAGUUACGUUGAUCGUGACGAUGAUUCUCGUGAACACCGCCCCGUAACUCCAAAACGUGAGCCAAAAAAAUUGGUACGUUAUUUAGAUAAUAAGAUAGUGAGCGUUAAAGGGGAAAGAUAUACAGAGAUACGUCGGGGAGGCGAGGACGACGACGGUAAUGAAGGUGCAAGAAAGCGAAGCCACUGCCGUCCGUAACCAGUAACCCUGCCUCCACCCCCUGAUCCACCCCCUUGGAGGCAUAUCUCGUUCUUAUUUACUGUUAUUCAAUCGUACUCUCUUUAAAUCAUUAUUACUAUAAUUAUGUAAAUAUUUUUGUUAUUUUAUUUUUUAUUUUUAUUCAAUGAGUCGACAAUCACAGCUGUCACUUGAGCCUUUAACAGUUUUAAUCAUUUUUAUAAAUUUUUUUAUAUUUCAAUUUAUU